UUCAUAAUAAACCGAGUUGACAAUGAACCUGAAGUUUCUAUGUUGGCUGCUUCUGCUGCUGCUGCAUGGGAGUCUGGCGCAGGACCAGGACGAGGAGGAAGUACGCCAGGAUGUGGAAAUGGUUACAGGGGAACAAGUUAGCCCUACAGUACAAGUGGAGACAGAGUCGGAUAAGGCAAUGGAAGACAGAUCCAAGGAACAGCAACCGGAUCCUGAAUCGAAUUCGGAGACGGAUAACGAAAUCGAAAUUAAAUCCAUGGAGCAGCAGGAGAAGGAAAAAGAGCAUGAGCCGGCAGGAGCUACGGACAAACCAAUGGAAGAGCACGAAACAGAAACAGAAACUGAAAUGGAAACUGAAACGAAGGCAGCGGAUCCAAUGGAUCACACGUCCAAAGAGCAAACGGAAACUGAAGCUGAAGUUGAGCCAGAUGUGGAGCCACAUCUCGAUAUUCCAUUCAAGCCGCCGGAACCGACAAGUGAUACAGACAAGUCGAAGGAAUCCCAGGAAGCUGAAAAUGAAGCCGAAGCGGCAAACGAGAAAGAGGACAAGUCAAAGGAACACGACUAUCAGGACGAGGGAGCAGCGUUAGCCAAUCCUCCAACACCGGAACAACCACUAGCCCCAGCGCCCACAGCGCCCGUGAAACAAGUGAACAUUCCAUUGCCCGUGCUGCCCAAUUCCUGCUACAGUUGCUCCAGCUAUCGGAACGGAAGCUGUUUGGAGCACCCAAAAGAGCAGCUCAAAUGCCAACUCAACGGCAAACGCAGCGGCUGCUAUACGCUUUACAAACGUGAUACGCAGCUCAUUAUGCGCGGCUGUGCGGCAGAUCUCGCGGAGGAAGGGGACAAGUACUGUCGCAAGGAAACGAAACUCUGCCUGCUUUGCAAUAGUUCACUCUGCAAUUCGGAUCUAGCACCAAACGCUGGGGCAGCUAAGCUUUUGGCCAGUUUAACGAUCUUGAGUCUAUGUGUAACAGUUCUAUUGGGCUAGGACUCGUCUAGCUAUAGAGAUAUUGAAGUCGCAUUGCAUAUGUAUGUUUUAUAGGCAGGAAAUAAAUCUUAAAAACCUUUUCCAUCUAUAUCAAAAUUCACUUGAGCGAAAAUUUCAAGUUAUCAAUUUUCGCUCUAUAUAGUAUAUAAGCAUGCAGUAUCAGUAACAUUAUAACAAUGAUUGAUAACAAAAUCAUUUGCUAUCAACAGUCUAAUAAAUUAUGUUUAAUAACUGA